UUCCAGUGCUGGCCAGGCUGUUUAUUUUAGGAAACCCAUUUGCACACGCCCUUAUAGGCAGAGUCAUGCUCUCACUGACAUUCUUCAAAAGAAGGGAAGGCAAGAUGAAGAGCACUUGGUUGCUGUGUGUUGCCUUGGCCAUCUCCUUGGGGAUUAUCCUUGUGGCAGGUUAUCCAGUGGCUCCCAGCGAUGAGGAGUACGUGCUGGUCAAUAAUAAGUGUCAGUGCGUAACAGUGACCUCAAAGUUUGUCCCCUCCAAAGAAGAUCCUCAGGAAGAAGUCCUGGAGAGAAACAUCCGCAUCAUAGUUCCCCUGAAGGCUCGGGAGAACAUCUCUGACCCCUUGUCCCCACUCAGGACCACUUUUGUCUACCGCUUGAGUGAACUCUGCAAAAAUUGUGAGCCCAUAGAAAUUGACCUGGGUGGGGCCAUCCACCAGGCCCAGCAGGGCAACUCCUGUGAGGAAGCUCAGACGUGCUACACCUACGACAGGAACCAGUGCUACAGCUCCCCUGUGCCCCUGCUGUACCAUGGGGAGGUGAUGCAGGUGCCAGCAGCUCUGACCCCUGACUCCUGCUUCUCCCAGUAGCUCGGCCUUCUGCUUGCCAGAGCCUCCAAGCACCCCUGUUCCUAUCCCAAAUGUAUGUAGAGCACCACAGCACCUGGAUGGCAGCAGCCCAAAUGCUGGCCCCUGCAGUAACCCAAUUUGUCUCUUCCCAUUUCCAACCUCAGCCUCGUGCCAUCUCCCAAGAGCAGCUCCUGGCUGUCAGCCUCCCUUCAUGUGUCCCUGGCACAUAGCUGCAAUGCCAAGCUGUGUCUCAGCCACACAGACCAGAUCCCCAGCAGACAGAAGGCAUUCCCCUGCAGUCAAGGGAACUACACUCAUUUACAGCUCUGGGCAAGCUGUCCUUUUCAGUCUCCUGCAUGCCUUCCCCAGACAUCAGCACGAGUGUCUGUGUCCUUCCCUCCUGAGCAAUCUAAAGUGACCUCUGCACAACCUUCACACAAGGCCUUUGAUGACAUUAGCAGCAUUUAGGCCCUCAGAAAAGAGUUGUAAAAGCACAGCUGAGACAAAAGAUUCGGGAUCCUUCUAGCACCUGGACAUCUGCAAGCUUCCAGUUCUCCCAGAUUCAGAGAAGAUCAAAAGAUGCAGCUACCCUCAAGUGUUUUGCAAAGCUGCCAAGCCCUCAACUGUGCCAGGAAUCCUCAACUCUUCUGGGAGAUGUUGGGCAUUUCACUUUCCCCACUGCUUUACUGAUACUGCUGCCUUCUUCCACCCCUGCUCCUGGUUCAAGUGGUGAAAAGAAAAAAAAAAUCAAGUGGGCUCAAAUUUCUUUACUUGCUCCUUAUCUUGCAUUUAAAACCUCAAAAAAUUCUAUGAGCACAACAUAAAUUGCUAGAGCAGGACCCUAGUUCAAGGUUUAGAAUUGGAGUGAUGAAACAGCAAAACCUUAUCCCCAGAACUGUAGCUUUGUUAAGUCAAACAUUCAAUAAAUUUUUUUCUGCAAUCAA